CACUGCUUUCAUCUUCCAGUUUCACUAUCAACAAACCCUUUCAAAAAUAAGACACGAAAGACUCGUAAAUAGUAAUAAAGGGCGACGAGCUGUUGAUGCAGCAACAGGAACAGAAAUACCUGACGUGCGGGCAGGGGGCUUGAGGGUGGGGGGGUCUCCGCCACCUCCACCACUAAACAUCAACGCUGUAGAGGCGCCUCAAGCCGCUGUUGCUCCUCCAAAAAUGAACAGAAGGGUCGUCAGGGCGCGUUUCUCGUUCUUUUGUAUCCUGCAAGGUUUUUCGUUCUGCGCCGCCUCAUGGAAUCUGAAGCUUCCGAGGAGCAUGUCGGUGGUCGAGCGCUCCUGUGUGAUCAUCCCGUGUUCGUUUUCGCCUGUAUUCAAAGUGACCUCUAUUCACUGGUACCAGUUUGCCAGUAUAGGGUACCCCAAAGUGUUCGAUAGUAAGGAACCUUGGAGCGCCUUGUCGGAGUUCAAAGGACGCACCGGUUUGGUGGGCAAAGUGGAAGAUGGCAACUGCACUUUGAAGAUUAGUGGUGCUCGAAUGUCGGACAGCGGCGUGCGGCUUUACGUUUGGCUCAACCCCGAUCAGUACAGCAACUUUAAGUUUUAUGAUCAAACUGUGCAGCUCCUUGUUUCAGGUCAGGUACCCGCUCCUCAGAUGUUUCAACCCACUGAGCUGGCUGAGGGCCGGCUGGCGACUGUCCAUUGUGAAGUUGUCCAUGCCUGCCCUGAUUCCCCGCCAGUGCUCACCUGGAGCCGGGAUGACGGGGUCGUGACUGUUGACCACUUUGCUAAGGAUGCGGUCGGCAACUGGAAAAUGAAAUCUGCUUUCUCCUGGACAGCUUCACACAUCGAUGAUGGAAAGAAACUCUCGUGUACGGUCCAACACGAAGGAGGCAGAAUGGCGGUGAGCUCAGUGACCCUGAAAGUAAACUUUGCACCAAAGGAUGUGAAAGUCACCGCAAAUGCCAUGUCCAUUACGGAGGGCAGCACGGUGGAGCUCAAGUGUCAGAGUGAUGGGAGUCCAAAGCCCGUUCAGUUCCAGUGGUAUGAAGCCCAGCCACACUCUGAGGUCGAAUUGAGCAAUACGUCUGAGGUCCUGACUGUCUCGGGUGUCCGGCGGGACACCGUCUACAUCUGCAGGGCGCACAACAUGUUGGGCAGCAAGGAAUCCGAGCCCCUCGCACUGGAAGUGGAAUAUAUGCCGGACAUCAGCCUCGAAUCCAGUUGCCGCCUGAAAGCGGAUAAGAUCAACUGCUUUUGUGUGGCCAGCUCAAACCCACCAUCUUUAGUCAGAUGGGCUGUGAACGGGACGUUGGACACAAGAACAUUUAACAUCUCUCAGACCAUAAAGGACCACGUGGUGACUACACUCCUGACUGCCAAGGCUGAGACCCCAGUUGUGGUUUCCUGUUAUGCUUCGAACAAGCAUGGAGAGCGAGAGCUCCAACUACCAAUGGCAUCAGGUCACUCAAGCAGCCCAGCCGCUGCCAUCGUGGUGCCCUUGCUCUUGGUGGCGGUGAUCAUUGUGAUCGGAGUCCUACUGUACAAGAAGAGGCCACUCAGGAGGAGCAUUCAAAAUGUCUUCAAUGAGAAGCCUUUGAAGAGUAAAGAGUUCACUAAAGACGUCAAGCCCAAGGUGAACGGCUUGUAUCUACCGAUGACCACCAAGCCAAAUAAAGCGGCCGCCACAACUGCGCCUGCCUCACAUCUUCAGAACAAGCCCAUCAACCUCCAAAUCGACAAGCAUCAUGGUGAGGACGAUGACGACGACAACAACGACAUGAUAUAUGCAAACGACUCGUUCGCCGGAACAGGCCAGAUACAUGACAGGGUUGACUUCUACGAAAAUGUGACAGCCGGGUUCAACUUCCAUGCCCUUCACACAGGGAAAGCAUAAAUUUAAUAUCAAGAUGGAAGACGUCAUUAGAAUAUUUUUUUCUUUGCCAAAAAAAUCAUGAAAACUAAGAAGUCCUAUUUGCUUACUGAAGCUUUUUGGGUUUGCCUUUGAUAAGGUCCAGUGCGGUGGCACAGUGGGUGGCACUGCAGACCUCACAGAGUUUUGAUUUCCUCUUUCCUUGUGUUCCCUCUGCGUCUGUGUGUUUUUUUGCUCCACACAAUCUGAAGGUGUGCCUUUAGGUUGACCACCCUGAAGUGAAUGAGGGCACAUGUGUGAGUGAAUGAUGGACUGGAACGCCAGUUAUGGCUGAUUUGAUUCUUGUACCAAGUGCUACGUGGAGAGGCUCUGUCCUCCUAUAGCCCUGCAGGAGAAAACAGCAGUUUCAGAAAAUGGACAACUCGAUGGAAGAACUGGCUGCAGGAUUUCAUCAGGUUGCUGUUCACCAAAACACAAAGGCAUUGCAUCAACUUUCAAGUUCUUGUCCAGGUGGCAGUGCCAUGAGAUGGCACAGGACAGCAGAUGUGUCUCCAAUGGGUUAAUUAGAGAGACACAGAGUGAGAAAGAGACCAACACCAGCAAUCGACGAGUGUCUUUUCAAGCUGCACACUUUAGAGUCGACAAGCUUGACAUGCCUGGAUUUGGGGGAUUCUUCUUGUCAGGUUAAAUGGAGACCACCAGUGGACAGCUGUUUUCAGAUCAGGAAUGUUGAAUUGGUGUCAAGUCUGGGCACUGGCAGGGCCACUCAAGGACAUUCCCAGGGUUGUCCCAUAGCCACUGCUGUGUUGCCUUUUCUUUCUCCUCGGCCCAGUCUGAGGUCCACAGCACUCUAAGCAGGUCUUCAUUAAGGACAUCUCUGCAUUUUGUUCUGUUUAGCUUUCCUUGACCUGGGCUAGUCUGCCAGGGCCUGAUGAUACCACCACCACCACCACCACCACCACCACACUUCAUAUGUGGAAUGGCAUUGUGCAGCUGAUGAGCAGUGCCAGGAUUCCUCAGACAUGAUGCUUAGCAUCGAGGCCAAACAGUUUAACGUUUGUUUCUUCAGACCUGAGAAUCUAAUUUCUCGCAGUCCCAGAGCCCCUUAGGUGCCUUUUUGCAGCCCCCACGUGGGCUUCCAUGUGUCUUCUAUUCAGUAGAGGCCUCCGGCCACACUGUCAUGAAGCCCAGAUGGGUAGUGUGUUGAAGUAAUGGUUGUCUUUCUGGAAGUUUCUCUGGAGAUGGAGCUCAGCCAGAGUGACCAUCAGGUUCAGGGGUCACCUGUCUUACCAAGACCCUUCUCCCCUGAUUGUUUAGAUUGUUCCAGUGUCUGGCUGUUCCAGACUUCUGCCAUCUAAGAAUUAUGGAGGCCACUGUGCGAUACGAUCCUGCCUUGAAGCUCUGCUGGCAAUUCCUUCAAUUUCAUGGCUGUGGACCUUCCAUUGACCCCUCAUCAGGUCCAGUCCAUCAAAUUGGUGGACUCCAAACAUCUCCAUGAUGGUCAACAGAACGAGAUACGCCUGAGCUAAAGCAAAAAGGGUUGAAUACUUGUGACGAUGUGACGAUUCUGCAGUUUUUCAUUUUUAAUAAAUUUGCACAAAAUUCUCAAAUCCUGUUUUCCCUUUUUUGUCAUUCAGGGCCGUUGAGUGUUGUUGGGUGACGGACAA